AUGUGGCCUUUUCUCCACCUAGUGGACAAUAUCUUAUUUUUUCAGCAUCAUCCCUCCCUUCCCCAACGUCAAGUGGUGCCUCGCACUCUUAGACAUCAACUCAUCCGCGACACUCAUGAAGAACUAGCACAAUGUGGACAGGCGAAAACCCUCGCUGCAAUCCGUCAACGAUAUUGGUGGCCCGCUCAGCGAGCGGACGUAGUCUUCUUCCGUCAGAGGUGCCAGACCUAUGCUCAAAUCAAAGAUCCCGUCAGUCGUCCACGAGCACCACUAGAACCAAUGUCAUCAGGCUUCCCUAACCACUGCAUCGGUUUAGACAUAAUUGGACCUCUAUUCGAGACAACAAAGAAAAACUGCUUCAUCCUGGUCGUCGUUGAUUAUUUCACGAAAUGGUGCAAAGCCAUCCUACUUCCUGAUCGAGAAAGCCCUACCAUAGCAGCAACACUAAUCGACAACUGGAUCGCCCGGUAUGGAGCACCCUACGUCAUCCACACAGAUCAAGGAGCCGGUUUCGAAAGUCGCCUGUUUCGGGCUCUUUGUCACUUGCUAGGUAUAGCAAAAACACGUUCCUCCCCAUUCCACCCCGCCGUAAAUGGACAAACGGAACGCAAAAAUAAGACAUUAAUAUCGUUCCUUCGCAGCAUGGUCCUGGAACGACUUUCUUCCCCGAUGUCUCUUGGCCUACGGUGCCACGAUCCACUCUUCUACUUCGUCUACUCCCCACAUUAUGCUUUUCGGGCGCGAUCUUCGAUUACCUUCUGA